AUGGUCCCAACACAGGCCCAGGCGAAUCAGCAAUACAUGGCUGCUCAACAAUCGCAGAGGAACUUUUCAGGUUCCGCCGUGUAUCGCGGUAGUAAUGCCCCAAUUCAGCCCUACGCUUUCACCAGCACCCCGAGUUUGAACACCAACAAUCAGUGGCAGCAAUAUGGCAACGGAUAUCGCACAGCAUCUUCACCUGCGGUGCCGACGCAAGGCGCGCGUCACGGAGGAAGCUCUUCAGUAUCAAACGUUGGCUACAACCAUGGCAUGGGAACCAGCAAAGGAGGUUCGAGGGACGAUUCGGGCAUUCCUGCUGCUCGCACGAAUUCACAGGCCCCGAGGCCUCAGUCGGCGUAUUUGGCAGGCAACACGACACAGCAGAUGACAUUCGCUCAGACCGCUGGGACUAAGACGACGCCUGAUAGGUACCGGCGCCCGGCUCUCCAGCAACAACAACCUCGCCAGACUAGCGCCCCGUCAGGCUCAGGCAUGGCGACUGAAUUCUCUCACCCGGAAGAUUCCUCCCGUUCCGACCGCGUGCCAACUCCCAAAAACAGCGAAAAGACACUUCGCAUCGUCUCCAGUCUUGCACCUCCCGCCGAUAACAACAUGCAUGUCCGCAAUGGCAGCGCUGAAAGCCUUGCAUCAAGCCGCAGCAGCCAUUCCAGACCAUCUUCGUCUGCCAACCGCAGCGUACCCACCCCCACGGGCAACCCCUCUUCCUCUUCAACUCCUUCACACUUGGAUGAUGGCUCCUCAAAACAAGAUUAUCCUAAACUCGUGAAUAUUCCUCCACGUAGCUCAUCGUCAGAUGCGGCCAAGAGGCAGUCUACUCCCUCUCCUCUCUCAAAGCCGGUGACCAUGGCGACCGACUCGAGUCCCCAAAAACCACCUUCCUCUCUGGGCAAUGCUCCGCAACAGGUCUUGUCUCAGAGCACGACUGCGUCCAACAGCAACAACGCUAGUAGCCCCGCAGCCCAGCAUUUGGCUGCGAUUAACCAGAAGAGUACAAAAUCCAAGAGCAAGACGUCGCGAUUGCGCAGAGCCUUCUCGUUUGGUAGCGCGGCCGAUUUCAAAAGAGCCGCGGGUCCUGAACCUACUAUCGACGAAAAUAGUGUGUCUGAUCCGACCAGAUUGCACAAGGAGCCGACAGCGGCCGAAAUCUACGAUGCAGAACAGGCCGCCAUCGCGAAGAAGCAGGAGGAAGGGGGUAUCGGGAACAACAUUUAUGGCGGAAGGCUAUUUUCCAGCUCGACAGACAACCUCUCCAUUUCAUCCACCGCAUCGUCUGCCUCAAUCAUGAUCCGUAAGAUGGGUCGUGGCAUGAAGAAGAGCACUCGUAACCUUGUCGGUCUCUUCCGGCCAAAGUCUGUUAUUGGCGUCCCGGCAGCAGAUGCACUGGCCCCAGAGGCCAGCCAGGCCGCCGUGUCGAUGGUUACCGUUGAAGCCGAGAGAGUCAAUGUCAACGCUGACCCCCAUGCACAGAACGGCGGUGGCACUGGAUUCCCGCAUCUGGAACGCAACUCCUUGGAUAUUUCGAAUACUCCUAGCAUGGUAUCGGAACGUGCAGGAAGUUCAGGUACCGAUAGUGCGAGGCGAAAGAGCAUUGUCGAUGGCGACAAGGAGCGUGCUGAGGCGCUUGCUGCUGUCAGGAAAGGCAUUCUGAAGCAUAACAGAUCAGGCAGCCCUGCUCGCGACCCGCGAUCCAACUUCGAGUUGCCCGCAAUCCCGAACGUCGCCGAUUCUCCCAUCUCAACCGCACCCAGCACGCCAAAUGACGAGGCCCAGGGCCACAAGCGGUCCGGAUCCGUCGCCAUCGGUAACGAAGACUACUUCAUGACUGCCUUGAGGCUUCGCCAGGACACCAAGAGUGCCCCAGGAACGCCUUCGGGCUCCGCUAAGAGAAACGCAACUUUCUCGCCGAGAAUUGUGUUCCACGACACUUGGCCUAGCGGCGAGUACGAUCGUAGGGGCGAAAUCGCCACCUGCAAUCGCCUGACGCCGAUGCUAGCCCAGCAGAUCAAGGAGGAGCUCAACACAUUCAAGAUGGAAAUGGAAGUUCACGAAAACUCCAAGAUUUACACGCACUUCUUCUAA